AUGGCGGCGGAAGCAGCAUCAUCAUCAUCCUCAUCAAAGAUGAUAUCACUGAAGUCUGCAGACGGCGACGUCUUCGAGGUGGAGCCAUCGAUUGCAAAACAGAUGCAAACCGUGCAGACCUUCAUUGCUGAUGUUGACGCCGACGCCGACGCCGUCAUUCCCCUCCCCAACAUCUACACCCGAGAGCUCAGCAAGAUCAUCGACUACGGCAAGCAACACCGGGCCGCCGCCGCCAAGGAUCAUGACGCCGAGUUCUUUAAGGAGGUGAACGACGAGGAGAUGAUGGAGCUGAUUUUGGCCGCGCACUACCUGAACAUGACGGAUCUGUUUGAAUUCCUGACCCAGGUCAUGGCCGAUCGGAUACAGAACAAAAGCGUGGAGCACGUGCGGAAGGUCUUCCGUUUCGCCGAUAGUGGUUACACGGCGAAGGAAGAGGCUGAGAUCCGUGAAAAGAAUGCAUGGGCCUUCAAGGGCGUCGAUCAGGACGAUGAAUGA